AAGAACAGUCAAGCCUCUGUAAUCCCUAGCUGUCCGGUCACCCAUGUCCACACCCGAGUACAGCAACGCGCACGCAAAAGCAAACCCCACCGACUUGGCAAACCAUUUAACAACGCACGGAACACGCCCGGAAGCACGUCGCGUCUUCCCGCCCAGUGCUGCAACUGAGCCCAGAGCCAAAGCCACCCCCCGCUCCUCCCUCCCUCCCUCCUGCAUUCGCCGUCAUAUCCCGCACAAAGUAUACGCAUCAUGGAACCCCUCCCAAAGCUGACCGAAGGCAGAUCCGUAGUCUCUUCAUAUCCAGAUCUCCUCUCCACCCUAACAGACUUCCUAACAGUCUGCAUCCACACGAUCCUCUACCACCGCAACAUCUACCCACCCGAGCUCUACAUCAAAGCGCGCAAGUACAGCUUCCCUGUGUACCAGUCCCGCCACGAGCGCGUUUGUAAGUGGAUUGCGGACGCGGUUGGGGCUGUUUCUGGGGAGAUUGCGAAGGUAUAGUUGAAUCUGAUUUACUCGGGUUCCUGGUGAGUAGGCUUAUUAGCAGAGGAGUAAUUAGGGCAAUGUAUCAAAAGUCAGCCUGAUUCUGAUUUCUCCGAGAAAUGUUCCGUUGGAGAGAUACGUUUUUGAUCUCAGCACGUUCCCGAAUGUUCCGUUUGAAGGUGGGUACGGCGAUUUACUACUGCAGCAGUUGGAAGAGGGAGGGGAGGGAAUAGGCGGGGGGGGAAGGAAGAGGUUGGAUGAGAUCACGAUUGCCGGGUUGGAGGCACAGUUUAGGGCCUGCCUGAUGAAGCUUUCCAUCGCCGCUCCAGGCUUGGGCAGGCUACCUGAAGACUGCACGUACACCGUGGCAGUGGAGAUGAAGGAGCCGGGAGCGCCGGUAAAUGUGGGAACUCCCCCCCCCCCCCCUCCCCCUUCGGGGGUAAGAUUUUUUUUUGGGUACUUCUUGCUGACAUCCGAAGAAGUACGCCGAAGUCUGGGUUCCCGCCGAAGGGCAGGGUAGUGACGGGACGGGCAUUAGGCGUGGCGGCGGGACCAGAUCUACUGCUAUCAGGACAGUGGAAGCGGGCUCGAUUUGCCUUGAAUUGUCGAUAGAAGAGACAACCACCAAAACAAAAAUGGCACUUGAGCAGUAGUGAGGUUCAAUGGUGGAAUAGACUGCGCAAACCGUGAAGAAAUGAAAUUAUACUAGUAUGCAUUGAAAUAAAAACACCUUUUACCUUGAGAACCCUAGGCCAAU